GGGAAGAGAAUAAACGGACGGGGACCGAGCUCUCCGCACUCAUUUUUUCCCUCCCCUCUCUGUUUUUCAUCCCCUUUUUCUCCUUUCUUCUCUGAAGCGGUUUUUUGGACCAAGUUUUCUCCAGACCGUCUGGGUUUUUUUGGGGGUUUUUUUGUACUUUUUAUUUUUGUGUGGAAACCCAGUAAUUUAGUGCCGGUGACUGAGGCGCUCUGCACGGAGGAGGAGGGGGGGAAGAAAGGGAAAGUUGCCUUUGUUGCCAGCGGGCUCUGACUACCUCUAUGUGACUAAGAGCAGGCGGCCGAAGAGAGAGGGGCCGACAGCGCAGGGUGUGUGAGCGGCCCCCGUGCCCGCAGCCCCGUCGGUGCGCGCUGCUCCGCAGCCGGCCGCGCCCCGGCUCUGCCCGUCCCGCUCCCGGCCCGGGGGUGCGCGCCUCCCGGCGGGCCGCCCCCCUUCCUCCUCCUCCUCCGCCGGUUGCCAUGGUGCCGCGGCCCGGCGUGCUGUGGGCAGUGGCGGCGGCGGCGCUGGCGCUGCUGGUCCGGCGGGCGGCGGCGGCGCUGGCGGGGCCGGUGGUGCGCUGCGAGCCCUGCGACGCGCGGGCGCUGCAGCAGUGCAAGCCCCUGCAGCCCGACUGCGCUGAGCGGGUGCGGGAGCCGGGCUGCGGCUGCUGCCUCACCUGCGCCCUGCGCAUCGGGCAGUCCUGCGGCAUCUACACCGAGCGCUGCGGCGCCGGACUCAGCUGCCAGCCGCGGAGGGACGAGGCGCGGCCGCUGCAGGCGCUGCUGGAGGGACGCGGGCUCUGCACCAACGCCACGGCGGGCGGCAAGCUGCGAGCCUUCCUCCUGCCGGGGCCGCAUGCUGCAGGAAAUUCCAGUGAUUCAGAAGAAGAUGAAGACCGGAGUACCAGCAGCAUAGAAAAUCAGGCCAUCCCAAACACUCACAGGGUGCCAGAUUCCAAAUCGCAUCCACCACACAUCAAAAUAGAUAUCAUCAGAAAAGUGCAAGCCAAAAACACACAGCGCUAUAAAGUGGAAUAUGAUUCACAGAGUACGGACACGCUGAAUUUCUCUUCUGAAUCCAAACAAGAGACUGAAUACGGUCCCUGUCGUAGAGAAAUGGAAGACACUUUAAACCACCUAAAGAUCCUGAAUGUCUUGAGUCCCAGAGGGUUUCAUAUCCCAAAUUGUGACAAGAAGGGGUUCUACAAGAAAAAGCAAUGUCGCCCAUCCAAAGGCCGAAAGAGAGGUUACUGCUGGUGCGUGGAUAAAUAUGGACAGCCACUUCCCGGCUAUGAUGGGAAGGGAAAAGGAGAUGUCCACUGCUAUAAUUUGGAAAGCAAAUGAGGGCUGGGUGCCAGCUCUUCUGGCAUCUGUGCGUGGCCACUGGACCUCGCAAAGACCUCGGAGGGGCUGGGCAAACACUGUGGACUGCGUUGUGAGUCAAGAGCUAUGCCUCCUGCGGUGGAUGGGGAGGCGCAGCCUCUGCGAACACUGCUGCACCCCACCACUAACACGCACCAGGCUUCCUAUAGGACGUGUAGGGAGCUCUGAAUUCCCACGAAAACCUGCACUAUUGAUACCCAGAGAGAGAGAAAAUAAAACAAAAGGCACUUCAGAAUGGAUUCAGGGAGUCUCCACUGACUUUUUAAAGAACGGCCUGUGACCAAUCUGAUCCCGAAAGAUACUGGUUUUUAUUGUAAGGAAUUUAUAGAUUGUAAGCUUUUUAAGAGCAUUAAAGGAAAAAAAAACAAAACUCCUACAAAACAAAACAAACCCGCAAGGAUUUAAAAGUUAAGCUUUUUUUUACAGGUCUGAAGGGAAACUUUUCUUCACGGGUAAAAAGUUUUAUAAAAAUCUCAAAGAACUUUUUAAAGAAACCUAUUUCUAAAAUAAAGACAUGGCUAUUUUUUCUGUAAAAUAUAUUAUGAAUAUUCUGUUAGGCUGUAUUUAAUAUAAUUUUUUUUAAUAAACUUUAUUUAAAUGUAACAUGUGAAUACCAAAUACUACACAAUAAUUCUAGUGUAUACUUCUGUAUGCAAAAAGAAAGUAAGGGUAUGGAAUGAUUUACAAAUAUGUACAGAUCCAUAUGCAUACACACUGACCUGACCUAUUCUAGAUAAUAGAAAUGAAUUUGUGGAGUGAAGGAAGUGUUUCCAGAAGAGGAAAAGUUUUGUUAUUUGAAGUAAUGACAAAUACCAAGAUUUUUUUUAAUUAUUAUUUUAUUUUAUUGCUAUUUCUAAUGUACCCAUCACUGAAUUAUGCCACUGGAAAGGAUAACGGUUGCACUGAAGCUCUCAGUAAAGCAUUCUUCUGUCUGUCCUUUGCUUCAGUUUGUGCAACAGGGCUUUCAUUUCCUCCAUUUCCUGCUCACACUAAUAUUGAAUAUUCAUGGAAAAAACCAUGCCAUUACAGUAGCACCCUUUCUAUCUGCUUAUUUAUUUUGAAAAGCUGUGUCUAUUCUGUGUUGUCUUGGUACACUCUACCAAAGCACAUACUCUGUAUGAGGAACUCCUGUUCAAAACGAUGCUGACAAGACAGGGGGGAUCGUGGACCUGGGUGUUGAGACCCACGCGCUUCAUUUAUGCUACACACAAUUGUUGCUUGCUUUGACUUUGGUAGAAAUUAUUUGCCUGCAUCUAAGCAUAGAAUAAGAACCCUUGGGUUUAAAUAUUUAAACCAAAUGUCUGCCAUGAUGUUUUAUGUCCUUUUAAUUGGAAGCAAAGUGAUUGGGUUUGUUCUGGUAUGUGAGGUGUGGAAGACUUGGGCAACAUUUGGGGUUUUUUUGAGGCUGAUUGCUUACCGAACUUCAUGACAAAUUCUGUAUGAUGAUGAAAUCUGGAUAACAAAUGGUGGCCUGUGAAAUGUAACAUCUCUCUGGAAAGUAAUGCCAUAUUUUGUAUAUGUAUUUAUUUAUAUAUUUUAUAUAAAUAUUUUAUAUAUUUAUAUAAAUAUAUAAUAUAUUCUUA